CUCCGCCAGCGGUGGUGAGUCAGUGUGCGGCUGUUGCUGCUGGCGGACGUGUCAGCGGAGCUGGGACGGUGUUCGAUUGAGAGCGUGGAAGCGAAGAACGGUGGAGGAGCUGAAAACUGUACAUUGUAAAACAUUUAAAAUCUAAACUGCAAACGGAGAUCUGAGCCCGAUCACUCGCAAAAGAGAGAGAGCUGCCUUGCCUCAUCUUGUGUUGGUUUUCACAUGUCUAGGAGGCAAAAAAGAAUCCGAAGAGAAGCAGAGAACGAAAUAUUUGUUUGUUACUUGGGUGAUUUCUGACUUGUAGUCUUAUUAAAACCCCUGAUUUCCCUCCUUCGCUUCCCUUGAGUCUGAACCCUGUCUUGUAUCUAAUCAUCUCUGCACCCUCCUGCUCUGACCCUCUACGUUUGCAUCCCCCCAAAACCCUCCUCUGUAUUCUCGUCCAGGUGAGUUUGUCUUUUCAUCACUUUCCUUUUAUUUUGUAAAAACGGAUAGAGUUGUGUACUUUUGAGAAAGGGCUUUGAUUGUUUUCCCAUUUGAAGUAAACAGGAGCUUUAUUUUCACGGAGCCUAAGCAUCAUCCAAACUUGCAUUAUCCCGGCAUGUAGCUUUUAUAGAGAGUGAUCAGGCAGUGUGAGCAUAAUGUGACUGUGUUUACGGAAAGGCAGGGCAUCUUUCUUCUUAAUGUAACUUCUGACACCCUUCAAGAAAACGAAUGAUCGUGCAAUUAAAAAGCUACAGUUUCGUAAAAUUUCCAUCGAAAGCCAUCAGUGAAAUGGCGCAUCGAUGAACUUCGCUGCAGAUUUCAGUUACUUUGAUGUUUGUUUGGCUCUUCUGGGCGGAUAGUUCAUAGCUAAAUUGAACCAUUUGAAGGGAAAUUUACAAACCAGGUUAUCACACUUUUAUUUCCCAAAUUUGUUUCUUUCUGAAAAAAUAUGUUGAAAUUAAGUGAAUUGUUUUCGUCCGAUUCUAUAGAUGUUGUUAAAGACCUGAUACUGAUGGGCAUGUCGAACAGACGCAUAGAUUGUAACUGUUUUGAUUCACCUUUGCACAGUACUAUCGAAUUUAGUUGAUGGUUCAGCUUUCUUAGGUGAUUGCAUAUUGCGCCGAAUUACACCAAAAUAACGAUAAUGCAAAUUUCCUCUAUUUCAAUAAAAUAAAUUUUGUGGUUUGUGGAAUAGUUUUCUAACCCUAAAAUACCACAGAUCUAUUAAAUCUCAGCAUGCUGUUGUCAGUUUCAGUUCGGUUGCGGUUAUGAUCUAAAGGCUGAAUUUUAAUGUUAUCAAAUGGCGAAAUGGGUUGAAAUGGACUUCUUUUUAUUACUGAUAAAUAAUACUGCUAUUCGUAUUUAAAAUGAUAAAUCCCUUAUGAUUGUUAGUUUUCUAUUACUCCAAUAACCGUUUGAAUGACGAGGGAUGUUCAGCCUUUUACUUCUUCUAACUUCUCAGUGCAUUCCUUGAGACAUACAACUUAAUUAUUCUUCUAAAUUUUUAUUAAAACUAUGGUACAGAACCAUGCUUCAGGAGAAACUCUCUCACACUCAUUCCUCAACAACCUGCAGAAAAUUCCACAUAAUAAUUAGCGUAUUAUAUAUUUUAAAGCAUAAGAAAUAAAUAAUGUUGAGUCUGGAAAACUAGACCAAUAGGUCAAUUUAAUAAUGGAGUUAUUCACUAUUUUUGAUGCAGAAUAGCCAUUCACAUUUAAUUAAUAUCCUAAGUGAUUCAGAAUUCUUGCUUGCCAGCAUAAUUUUAACACAGCUUUGUUUUCAGAAGGGCUUUAAUAAUUGAUGUGGCUACUUUUCAGACCUAAUAGAGACCAGUCUGAUUGGCUGCCAUAGCUGGCAUUUUCUGGUGCAGAGAGACUGGAGUAUCCAUCUGUUGCCAGGUUGGGUGCUAAUUAGGAAGAAUGCCAAGGGUGCUGAAAUCGAUUUGAAUAUAAAAACACAGUUGUCCUAAUGCUGCAAUGUUUAGAGAUCGCAAUUUUAAAUUCUGGGAUAUUUGGUAGAAAGGUGCUUUGAAGGAAGGAAGGGAGUUAGACACAAACCUUUUGUCUGGGAUACUCUUAAUGUAACAACCUCUUGUUCAACAGAAUUAAUGUGAUAGAAUCUGGUUUUAAAGAAAUUCAAAUAUAUUACUACAAACAAUUGUUUAUUCACAUUUCCAGACAAUGCUACUUUUACUCUCAGGAGUAAUUCAUUUAUAUAGAAUCUAUAAUAUGGGCAGAUGGUAAUUUUACAAUUUCCCCUACCUAUAAAACAGUGCAGUAUAAUUAGUGAAACCAGGAGAUUGCCAUAAACGGUCACAAUUUUUGAACUGAUACUACAUAUUUUAUGGACUUGAGCAAUGUCUGAUUUUCAAAAUUUACAAAAGUCCAAAUCUGCAUUCUUUCUCCUACAGGGAAAGAAUUCCAUGCAAAGCAAAACAAUUCCAGUAAAUAAAAUAUUAUUAGUAAAUAAGUAUAAUAAACCAAUCCAUUCAAUGAAAUUUGGACACAGUCUACAAAUUUGAAGGCUAUAUGCAUGAUUCUAAUUAGGUUAGCCAUGUAAUUCUUAUGGAUUAACUUGAUAAUGAAAGUGUAAUGUUUCUAUGUGAGUUAAAUAUCAGUUCACGUGAUAUUUUUAAUAUUGAUGAUUAGAUUUACAGGUAUAAAACAAAUGCAGACAAAUUAAAAUAUAUUUUUCUCUGGUCAGAAGUCUACUAUAUGUCUUGUAAGAAACAUAGUUCAUUUUUUUGACAAAACAUGAACCACUGUGAUAAUUUAAUUUCAUUUAAGAUUAGAUAUUUAUUAACUGUUAAAAAUAAAAAUAGCUAAUUGACAAACUUUCAAUAACAUUUGUCCUUUUAAAAGCAUAGAUUUUUCACUUUAACUUAGUUAAAAAAAAUUAUUAAUGCCUGCAUUGUGUUGAGAGAGAGAGUAGUAUGUAUGUCUUCAUGAGCAUUUCUUAAGGUAUGCAUUAACAUGUACCAAGUGCAUUAAUUUUGUAAUAAGUAUUUUGUUGAAUUGAAUAUAUAUCACUCUUUCCACUUAUAUAAUUGGAGUGUGUAAUGCUGUAAGGGAGAGAGAAUCAGAAAACCUAAAAUGGCGAGCAGUUCUUUUUUGCUGGGAAGAAUUUCCCUGUGGAAUUGAGGUGAAGUCUGACAUGAAACGCAAUAGCUCUGUUAAACUAUAUAUUCUUAUAAAGAUCCUUUAUGAGGCUGCAAGAGACUAUUGUCCUUUUCUGUUGGCUCUAAUUUUCUCUCCCUAUGAUGCCAUCACCAUCUGGAUUAAGUUCUACCCCUCCAUCCAUUAGUCACUAAUACUGUACUAUUGUAAGCUGGCUGAAUCUAAUCCUGAUUUCACCCAUUCCCUCCUUCCCCCAUAAUGCCACCACCACCAAUGUAUGAUCCUAGGCCCCUUGGAAUGUGUUAGAAAACCAGCCUGGUCUCCCCAGCCCUUUCAUUUACCCUAAUGUACUCCCCUACCCACCAACUCUUUCUAAUCAAUACUUUCAGUUGCUAUAUUAAUCCAACCACAGCCUAAGGGCUGGACAAUUAAGGAUAUGAAGUAUUGACUAUGCUGGCUCUCAUGGGAAUGGAAACUGACUAUUACAGGAACUGAAAGUUGAUAUUCUGGACAUACCUACCAACAACUGCAUAUUCAUUUCAUGUUUGGAUGUAGAUUUUAAAUUGGGAAGACUGUUAUCAGCAGAGAAUGAGCUGAUCCACAGUCCAGCAUACUGAAGAACACAUCAUCCAGCAUCGACAGUCAGAGAUUUCUGAAACAGUAAUUCUGUAGAAUGCAAUUACACUUGAAGCUUGAAAUCAAUGAACAAUAUUUCUGCAAAGGAAUUAUUCUGGUUCUCUGGAUACUAUCAAGAAACAUUUUGGAUUUGUUUGAAUGUUAAUGGAUUCCUAUUCUUUGAGCAUCUCUUUUCCUCUGAUAAGAGAUUUGAAACCAGAAACUUAAUGCUACCUGUUGACUGAUGAAAGAAAGUAUGGUUUAUUUGUAUCUUCACAAUCUAGGCAACAUUUAUUCAGACUGUCUCCAUAUGAAACAGGUGUCUCUGUUGUGAAAGACUUUGCAGCUGCCUUUGUGUCACUGGAUGGUUUGCAUUGUUAAAUUCUCUGUCUUUCAGAAUGCCAGUUUGUUGAGGCAAUGUACUACGCACAACAAAAGGCCAGCUCCCCAGAGCUAUGGAAAUAAAAGAACAGAUGGAGUGGUGUAGCAGAGUGCUAUGAAGCAUCUACAGCUACCACAGAGACAGGGACAACCCAACCACUUGGAUGAUGAAAUGGUGCCAAUACUGCUGUGUGAAAACAGACUGCCUCCAAACAUUGGAAUGAAUAAAUCAGACUCCAAAGUGACUGAAGGGGGACUGAACAUCAUGCUUACUAUCCGCCUACUCAUGCAUGGAAAGGAAGUUGGAAGCAUUAUUGGAAAGAAAGGAGAGACGGUGAAAAAAAUGAGGGAGGAGAGUUGUGCAAGAAUCAACAUCUCAGAAGGGUCCUGUCCAGAACGCAUUGUAACAAUAACAGGCCCAACCGAUGCUAUUUUCAUGGCGUUUUCAAUGAUAGCACAUAAAUUUGAAGAGGAUAUAAAUUCUUCAAUGACAAAUAGCACAGUGACAAGUAAACCACCUGUGACGUUACGUCUAGUUGUUCCAGCAAGCCAAUGUGGAUCUCUCAUUGGGAAAGGAGGUUCAAAGAUCAAAGAAAUCCGUGAGACCACAGGAGCCCAGGUGCAGGUAGCAGGUGAUAUGCUUCCAAACUCCACAGAACGCGCAGUUACUAUUUCUGGCACACCAGAUGCCAUCAUUCAGUGUGUAAAACAGAUCUGUGUGGUGAUGCUGGAGUCCCCACCCAAGGGUGCUACUAUUCCCUAUCGCCCAAAGCCUGCCUCUGCACCUGUUAUUUUUGCAGGUGGCCAGGCAUACACAGUUCAGGGACAAUAUGCAAUUCCUCAUCCUGAUUUGACCAAGCUUCACCAGUUGGCUAUGCAGCAUACCCCUUUUACUCCCCUUGGGCAGACCACCCCUGGUUUCCCUGCAGCAGAAUUGGAUGCCACUGGUCAAACCAGUUCCCAUGAGUUUACUAUUCCAAAUGAUUUAAUAGGAUGUAUCAUUGGCAGACAAGGGAGCAAAAUAAAUGAAAUCAGGCAGAUGUCAGGAGCACAGAUCAAGAUUGCUAAUGCAACAGAAGGUUCCACAGAACGACAGAUCACCAUCACAGGAUCUCCUGCUAAUAUUAGUCUGGCACAGUACCUAAUAAAUGCAAGCUUAGAGAUGGCUAAAGUCAGCACCCAGACUGCUUCCGUCAUGAACCCUGUUGACCUGAACGUGAACCUCUCUCAGUCUGCCACCCCUACCUCAACCCCCACCUCUGUGGCUGUUUUAGCGGCAGCAGCAGCAGCUGCCUCCAUGGUUAAUGUGAAUACCCCUUCUCCUUUACCAACACCCCACUAUGCUGUUCCUGUUUCCAGUCUGCUUGGCAUGAAAACAGUCCCACUCCUGGCACUUAAUGCCACUGCUGCUCGGGGAGCCCCUGGGAGUUUAUCUGCUUAUACUCCCAAAAUUCCCUCGACAAGUGGAGUUAAGAAAUCUGAUCGGCAGAAAUUUGCUCCAUAUUGAAGUAAUGUAAAGGCGGUUUUCCACUCUCUACCAUAUCAAUGGCUAAUAAAUAUCAAGCUUACAUUUUAAACAUUCAUCAUUUCGAACAGUUGAGUUCCAAAAUUGUCUUCCACCUUCCAUUACUAUUAACAAUACAAUGCCAUUAGUUCCAACAGCUAAUUGACACACCACAUAAUAAAAUAUUUCCCACUGUCUGAGACAAAAUAGUAAAGAAUUUUACUUGAAAAAGAUGAGACACACUGUUUCUCUAACUGAUGUCAUGCAAAAACAAACAAGUAAGAGCUAUUUCACAGUAGGGAAAUUAUCACAAUUUUCUUCCAGAUGAGAGAAAUAUUAGAUCAAGUUCUAGGAAAAUUGAAAGAGAACUAUAAACAUAGUGAGGUAAAUUUUUAUCUCUGCUGUCAGACAGCAAUCUGUAGAGUGGAAUAUAAUAAUAGUGGUAAUGGUCCCAUACUACUACUGGUAAUCAGCAACUGUCCUACUGCAAUCAUUGCUCAGAGCCCAAGUGACAUUAAACAUCAAUCAGGCAAUUAAUAUGAGAACUAUCCCUCUGUCCUGCUUCCAACCACUCUCCCCUCCACCUCAUCAACAAUCCUUCCUCAUGAAUCUACGCGACUCACCUGUCUCCAGGGAUCAAGAGAUGGUCUCUGAUGAAGGUCUUGGAGUAUUACUAGCCACACCCACUGCUCCCUGUGGUCCUACUGCCAAUGUAGAGUUGCUACCUCUGAUUGGCCUAUGAUCUCCAACCAGUAUUGAAGAUGUGUGCACGAGAACUUGGUGACUCUAGCCAAGCUGUCCCUGUGCAACAAUGACAAUGUGGGAAAUUGCCCAGUUAUAUUCUGUCCAGAUGAAACAAGACAAAUCCAAUCUAUUUAAGUACUGCCCUAUCAGUCUACACUCCAUCAUCAGCAAAAUGAUAGGAGGGGUCAUUGUCAAUCAAUGGCACUUGCAAAGGAAAGCCUCCUCACUGAGUAAUUUGGGUUCCGGCAGAACCAGAUAGCUCCUGACCUCAUUUCAGGUUCUUGGUCCAAACAUUGAUAAAACAAAUUAACUCUAGAGGUGAGAAUAAAAUGACUACCCUUGAAAUUAAGAGAUAACAAAGUGUAGAGGUGGAUGAACACAGCAGGCCAAGCAGCAUCAGAGGAGCAGGAAGGCUGAUGUUUCAGGCUUGGACCCUUCUUCAGAAGCUGCUUGACGUGCUGUGUUCAUCAACCUCUACACUUUGUUCUCUCAGGUUCUCCAGCAUCUGCAGUUCCUACUAUCUCUGAAUCAAUUUUAACCCUUGACAUUAAAGCAGCUUUUGACCUAGUGUGGCAUCCAGGAGCCCUAGCAGAACUAGAGUCAAUGGAAAUUGAUGGAAAAUCUCUGUGCUGUUUGGAGCCGUACUUUUCACAAAGUAAUAUGGUGCUGGUUGUAGAAGGUCAGUCAUUUCAGUUCAAUGAGUUUAUAGCAGGAGUCUCUCAGCUUAAUGUAUUAGGUCUAACUAUCUUCAACUGUGUUGUAAAUGACCUUUUCUCCAACAUGAGGUCAGAAGUGAGGAUAUUUGCUGAUGUUUGCACGAUGUUUAGCACUAUUCAUGAUCCAUCCGAUAUUGAAGCAGUCUGUGUCAACAUGAAGCAAGACCUAGAUAGACAAUAUUCAGGCUUCAGUUGAUGGAUGGCAAAUAACACUUGUGAUACACAAACAAUAAACAAUGACUAUCUCCAAUGAUAGAUAAUCUAAUCGUCAGCCCUUGAUGUUCAAUGAUAUCAGCCUUGCUGAAUCCUCCAAUGUCAUUACCCUGGGCAUUACCCUUGACCAGAAACUGAACUGGAUUAGCCAUAUAAAUACCAUGGCAACAAAAACAGGUCAGGGCUCGCAAUUGUGCAGCAAAUAACUCAACGUCUGUCUACCAAUGCCUGUUGACCAUCUACAAGACACACAUCAGGAGUGUGAUGGAAUACUCUCCACUUGCCAGGGUAAGUGCAGCUCCAGCAACACUCAAAAAGCAUGACGCCAUUUAGACAAAGCAGCCUGCUUGCUUGGCACCUCAUCCACUACCUUUAACAUUUAUUUCCUUCACCACUGAUAACAGUAUAUAACAUCUCUGGAUGCAUUGCAGUAACUCAGGCUCCUUUAACAGCACCUUGAAAACCCAAACCUUCUACCGCUUAGAAGGACAAGGAGAGCAGAUGCAUGGGAACACCAUCACCUCUAAAUUCCCCUCCAAGACCCCCCAAGCCUCUAUUCCUUCCCUUUUCCUGUCUCAAAAUCCUAGAACUCCCUUCCUAACAUCAUUUUGGGGGUGCCUACGCCCCAAGGCCUGCAAUAGUUUAAUAAGACAAUGAGCUACAACCUUCAAUUAAGGAUAGGCAUUAAGUGUUGAUCUGGCUAGAUUAAAUCUUCAUCUCAUGAAUGAAAAAAGACACAAAGCAUUUUCAAAAUUGGCUGGCAGCUCUUCGGAGCAGAAUUUCCACCUGCCUUGUACCUCUUCACAGGAGCAGACCAACACUGGCCAGGUAAGUAUAUAUUUGCUCAUAAAUAGUGUUUGGUGUUGCCACAGGGAACACAGGGUUCCUACCAAUUGUCCAACCAGUGGGGAAGUGUCAUCACGUAAACUAAAUCCCACCUGGAGUUUUUCACUACCUCAGUGCCUCUGAUUUCAGGAAUGAAUAUUAGUGAGUCCUCUCCAUUUGGCUUCCAGCAUAAUACCAACACAUAAUGAAGUUCAGUAAGUACAGGAUUGACCUGGACUACAAGGCUCUAAGUGGUUUUUCUCAAAUUGCCUGUCAACUUUUACAUUUUAGGAAUUGAAUUUUCUUGUAGAGACAGGGAUGCUGAUGAUGGGCUGGAAUGCCAGGGGUAAUCCUGAGUCAGUGACUUAUGGGACCGUUGCUUAAUCCAAUAUUUAAUCACAGUCAGAUUGGUUGUCAACAGGGCCAACUCUCCCUUUAAAGCAUGAUUGCCUGCCUUCAGAAGCCCUCAUUGUAGCUCAGUCGCACCACUGUGAGAAAUAACCACUGUUGGGAUUAUGUCUGGAAGACAAGGAAGCUAAUGGGCGGCACAGUGGCUCAGUGGUUAGCACUGCAGCCUCACAGCGCCAGGGGCCCAGGUUCAAUUCAGCCUCGGAUGACUAUCUGUGUGGAGUUUGCACAUUCUCCCCGUGUCUGUGUGGGUUUCGUCCGGGUGCUCCGCUUUCCUCCCACAGUCCAAAGAUGUGCAGGCUAGGUGGAUUGGCCAUGCUAAAUUGCCCAUAGUGUUCAGGGGUGUGUGGGUUAUAGAGGGAUGGGGAUGGGUUUGGGUGGGAUGCUUCAAGGGGCGGUGUGGACUCGUUGGGCCGAAAGGCCUGUACCAUACUGUAGGGAAUCUAAUCUAUGGAAACGCACCUUUGUCACAAGUAGGUAAGAAGGUUCUCAGGACAUGGGGGCCACGUAAGAAGCAGUGAGAGUUGCCAAGGUCAGGCAGCACUUCUACUGCUGGAGCAGCUACUAGUGCCCGGUAGCUCCUCCACAGGUAGUCUGUUGAUAUGGCAGGGAGCUCCAUAGCAAUGGAAGAGGCCUUUAUUGACUACGUAGGUGACUCAAUUGACUUCUAGAUGACAAGGUUUUCCUAAAGUAUCAUGGCAGUGGGAACAGGGGAACAUUCCAUCUUCUAUCUUCUCUUGUAUUUCUCAGUGUUCUCCACCAGGAACUGGCCUUUUCCUAAGUUUAAAGAAUAGCUAUUUGACAGUGCACUAGAGAGAGCUGGGACAGCUAGUACAAAUGGAUAGAAACAGAGUUAGAAUUUCAGGUUGAUAAUUUACUCUUACCUAAAGAAAAGUCACAACCUGGAAUGUUAAACCUGUUUCUCUGUAUAGAUGCUGCCAGACCUGCUGAGUAUUUCAACCAGUUUCUGUUUCUAUUUAAAUUUUAAUUUAGCUUGUUUUUAAUGACCAACAGUUCAUGUAGUAAUGAAUGCUACGAUGCUACCGAACUGCAAUGACUAUCACUUGUAAACUGGUAUUUGUGAAGAGGAUUGAAAAUUUUAAAUUUGGGCGUCUGUUAGUUGAGUUAAUUUGUCAGUAGGAAGCAGGUUAUAAGCAAAUAAACUACAGAUUAAAAUGUUGCUAUGGUGGAGAAAGCACUAUGUUAGCAGAAGAGCUUUGCAUUUAUGCAUUUGAAUUUUAAUAAGUCAGUAUACUUACAUGUGAGGAAUUCGACAAGGUUAAAGCUGGAUUGAGGGAAAUUAGAAAUCAAUAAAUUUGGUUAAUCCUAUUAUAUAUGGCAUGCAUAUGUGAUAGCCUAGCAGAAAUUUGACCUAUCUUAUGAACAUCACAUUCAAAAUAUCUCUCUAGCUAAGGAGAGUGUUAUCAAAUGAAUAAUUUAGCUAUUCAGAUCCAGAAUGAUCCCUGAUCAUUACUGAAUUAACCAUAUUCUAGCAUCUAGCAACUUCAGUAGUUGAGUCAUCAAUGUGAAAAGCUGCUGAGAAGUUGUUGCUUCUAUUUUCUAUCCAGCGACUUGUACUUAAAGUGAAUGCAUACAAGAACCAAGAUGAAGACAGCAUUUAGGCCCAGCUGUAAUACCUUCUAACUGAAUAGUCUUGACCGUCACUAUCCAAGCUAACUUAGUAAUAAUUGCUAUUUUUCUUCCUGAAAGCAACCAGCACCAUAGAACUGUGUCCAACGAACUAGCACCUUCAUUAGAGAAUAAAAGGGGAGAAGGUUGCAGAAAGAAAAGUUUUUGUUCACAGGAAGUGUUAACUAUUUACUGAUAAUAUUGAACAUUUUUUAUAAGUUAUUCUCAAUGGAAGCAUCAUUCACAUUAUGAUUGUUAUGGUGCUUAAAAUACAAAUUUUAACAUUGGAAAAUAAUGUCAGUGAAUUCAUCAGUGAGUUAAACAUCUCAAAAAAAUUUUGUCUUUAUCUGUUGGAGCUAGUUUAUAUCACAUUUCCUGUUUUGUCUAUUCAUCCACUGUUAAGUUUAGUUUUGCAUCUCUGACAAAGUAACAUUGUUUCAGUCACUUUCUGAUUUCAAAAAGGUCAUCAACAAGCUGUGUUCAUUCAUCUUCAUUCUUCAGAUAAAUGUACAAAUCCUUAAUUGUAUCAGGUAUAUUUGUAAAAGAACAAAAUAUAAUCUGUGCAGAAUGAUAUUUCAAAACCAGCCCUAGUAUUGUGUUGUAUAGAACUAUGCACCUUCUAAAUAUUACAAUAAAUGUUAUUGUUGUAUUCUGGAGCUUGUCACUAUUUCAGCAAAGUUACACUAAUAUGUACUUUUGUGGUAGAACUGCUGCUUUUAAUGUUGGUUAUUCUUUAAUCUUUUUGUUUGUUUGUAUAUAAUGAAAAUAUUUAGAAACAAUGUCCAAGUAUCCCAGCUAUUUAACAACUUACUGACUUGAGAAUUAAUUUGAUGUUUAUUCCAGAAUUCUGUACCUAUUGAUUUUACUGUUGAAAACACUGUCAGGCUUUACCAAUGAAUAAUGUACCUUGUUUGCUGUGUCCCAAUGAAAUUUCAUGGUUGAGAAGUAUUUUGUUUAUCUUUUGUCUUGAUUUUAUUCAUCCAUUUUAGGCUGACUUCAGACGUUUUUGGCCUGGGAGCUCAAUAAUAUGUUCAUCUUACAAACCGCAUUAAUCACAACACAGAACCAUUUUUUUCUGGAACAUGAUUUCUGUGAACUGUAAUGUAUAGGCUAAGAGAAAUUUCUUAACAUUUCUAACUCAGUUGAGAAUUAAGAAUAUUAAGAAAUAAAUGUUUUUGCUAUCUUAAUGGUUAAAUAAUCUAACUUGUAUGUUACUACAUCAUUUUUAUGAUUCUACACAUUU